UGUAAUUCGGCACAAAAGUUGAAAGAAAAACUAAUUGGAAAAGAGUAGAGAGUGUGAAUCCAACAGUACAAUAGAUCUUCUUAAUAUCAGAAUCUUGUUUGACUGCAGCAUUAGCAUCAACCCUUCUCAAGUGCUCUCUUUGAACUUCGUAAAUGAGGCUGCUUAACUACUUGCGCAGGAAAGAGUUCAGGGACUACAUAACCAGUACCGUAAGUUUUAUUGCAGGUCAUCUCACUCACUUUUGUUCUCGUUAUUUCAUAACAAACCCCUCUCUUUAGCACUUCUGGGGUCCUAUAGCAAACUGGGGUUUGCCGUUAGCGGCUAUUGGGGAUUUACAGAAUAACCCAGAGAAAAUCAGUGGUAAAAUGACAACAGCCCUUAUGUUUUACUCUCUUGCUUUCAUGAGGUUCGCAUACCUUGUCCAACCUCGAAAUAUGCUCCUAUUUGCUUGCCAUUUUGCUAAUGAAACUGCCCAAUCUUGUCAGUUGGUUCGUUAUUGCGACUACUGGUAUGUGAAAAGCGAAAGUGAUCGCAAUGAAAUCAGGAGAAAGUACCAAUCGUAGAUCUCCUACCUAGCUCUUUCAAUCUCAGGAAUAUUAUGGUAACCAUCACCUGUAUGUCAAACGUUGACUGUUUAAUCUAUUUGACACUUCGUUUUUAUUUUAUCCGAACCCAGUAGUUUGCAUACUAUGAUAACUCGUAUAUGUGCAGUCACAUUGCGUUAAUACGCACAUCUUGUAAUUGCUAAAUUUCUUCGCAAAAUGCCUAUCUACAUUUAUUAUAGCCCUUUAUGUUACACAGUUUAAAAUUAAAUUAAACGAUUACUAAUAUUAAACCUUUUUCCCAGUAGUGAUGAAAUUGCUUCCUGUGAAGUGGAAUAAUUGUCUUCGUCUUUUAUAUUAGUUUCAAUUCUUUUAAGUAUAGAAAAGGCAGGAAAAGCCAAGUUAGUAAUCUACCUGAUAGUUCAUUGGUCGGAAUCUGUCCCAAACUGUUAUUUAGGCGCUUGCUAAUUUCAACCAAAUUCACGAGACUUUCUGAGUAGCAUUAAUAUCGGAUACGAAUAAUCAUCGAUUUUUGCGAUCUAGGGUGAAACUAAGAUGUUUGAUGGAUUGCGCGAAAAAGAUUAGCUUUUUUUCAUGUAGGUGAAAAGCACACUAUCAAUCGCGCCAGAAAUUGGUGUAAACAGUUAGAAAGUUCAUUCUUCGUUCACUCUGUCAAAAUGAUUUCAUCUAACCAUGCUACCGUUCCAGGUAUAUAUUAACAUCGGACCCAUUAUCUGCUGAAACAUUACAGUUGUAUACUUGAUAUCAAAUUCAGGCGCUUAUAGUGAUAGAACUCUGCGGAUUGUGAUAAAUAGAAGCUAUCUAGAACCAUCGAAUACUUCAACUAAAAUAUAAGAAUCAGAAAUGUCUAUUUUUGUGAGUCGUGUACAGUCAUCUAGUUGGGCAAACGGAUUCCCAGGAGCUGAUAGAAAACGCUAAUAUGUAUUUAGUACAGCUUUUUAACCUGCCUGUAGCUAUUCUAGGGUUACUGCCGGUCUUAUGCUCGGAUAAAGGAGGGGGAUUGGACAUGGGUUCAGCAACCUCAUGCCGCCGUUAACAAAUUUGCCAAAAAAACGGACCGGAAAAAAUCAUCUAAACUCAUCCCUGGGAUUUAAAGAACCUUCAUUUAGGAGAAUUGUAACGCCUCAUGGUGAAAGCCGAGGCCGAUGCCCUUUCUAACAACCAGAGCAACAAGUAACAUAGGGACGUGGAAUGUCUGGACAAUGUGGGAGACUGGAAGGCGAAGUCAAGUAGCUGCGGAAAUGAGAUACAACUUGGCGGUUUUCCGAACAAGUGAAACCCAUCGGUCCCAAGCUGGACUGAUGAGAUUAGCCUCGGAAGAGGUGCUGUCGUACGCUGGUCAUGAAGAAAAUAAUGCUUCGUACAUACAAGCAAUUUCACUGAUGCUGUACGAAGAAGCACGAAAUGCACUUAUAGGACUGGAAUCUCAUGGACCCAUGAUUAUCAAAACAGAGAGGAUCACAAUUAAUCUUAUCCAGUGCUAUGUACCCACCAAUGAUAACAAUAAAGACGAUAAAAAUCAGUUUUGCGAGAGGCUUCAGUCAAUCAUAGAGAAGUGCCCAGGAAAGAACCUGACAAUCCUGAUGGAAGAUCUAAACUCCAGAGUUGGAAUGGACAACGGUUAUGAAGAUAUCAUGGGACGACAAGGACUAGGAGAAAGGAACUAGAAUGGCGAGCGAUCUGUAAAUCUAUACGCGUUCACCAAAGUGGUUAUAAAUAGCACUAUAUCCCCUACAAACACAUACAUAAAGCUACAUGGGUCGCACGAAGUCUCACUACAGAAAACCAGAUCGGUCGUAUUCGCAUCACUAAAAAAUGCAAAAGAUCAAUGGAAGACGUGAGAGCCAAGAGAUUAGCUGACGUAACUUCAGAUCACCACCUGGUAGUUGACAAACGGAACUUUAGCUAAAGAAGCACCGAAAAAUCGCGAAACAGCAUCACAAAAGUCUAAUACAGCCUUUCAUUGAGAUACUAAAAAACUCAACGCAUUCAAAAUAGCUCUAAGCAACAGGUUCCAAGCUUUACAAGAUCUGCCUAAAGAAGAAACAUCACUAUGUAGAACAACUGCAAAGUGUUCAAAGAAGCACUAACUUUAGCGUGCCAGGGGGUUCUGGGCCGUGAGAAGCAUAAUAAGAAAUAUGCCUCUACCGAAACCCUGGGCAGAAUUCGAGAAAGGAAGAACAGGAAGACAGCAGUUGAAAAUAGACAAACAAGAACACAGUGCCAUGGCACAGACCGAAUACAUAAACAAACGGGAAAGUGAAGAGGAUCAUUAAAGAUACCGCAACACUACUGAUCAUUUGUGAGCAAUCAAUUCAAUAGGACUCGUCACUAUACAUCAACUUCCUUAGCUGUAAAGACAGUGUGGAUAGGAGGACCUUUUGGAGUCCUCGACAUUAUGGAGUACCUGAGAAGGUCGGCAACAUCAUACGGAAUUUACACGACGGACUUCACUGCAAUGUCGUGCAUCGGACGCGCUGGCGUCUAAAGAGAAAAGUACUGAGUUGAAGUCUGGAAGUGAACAUCGACAAUAGAAUUCAGGGACAUCCAGCUAACGAGUCCUAACUAGGACGAAACACGCGUCCUAGAUUCCACUGCUGGCCACCAUCCAUCUCUGCCUAAAAUGCUUCUGACUUAUUGGCAAUAUCGAGGUGAUCCGCACGGAGAACACAUAUGCCGAAAGAUACAAAUCAGUUGGAGUUUUAAAUAUCCAUGAGAAAAUCCAAACAACCAAUGUAUACGAAUGAAAGUGGUUAAUUGAAUGUUUAAUUGUUUUUUUGAUAACCAUCUUUUAAUUCACCUGUUUCUACUCAGUAAUGAUCUGAAAAUGUAUUUCUCUUCCCAACCAUCGUUUUAAUCUUAACUAUCGCAUUAGAUAGUAAGUUAAUUCUGUUGUUAAAAUACUGUUUAUUAUUUUUAUUUUUUAAUUUUUACUUACGUACAUUGCACCUUAUUCACUGUUAAAUUAUUAAAAGCACGUAUUGAUAGUUAUUUACUAGAAAUUAAAAAAAGUAUUUACGCUACCUAACUUUUCUUACUGGCAGCUCAUUGUUGAUGUCCUCAUUUAUUUGAUAUUUCGUUGUUUGUAUAUGCAUUUUAGUUCACCUGAAAACAAUAAUUUCAAAGUCUACUUCUGUUUUAUUCUUUUCUCAUUUGUAAUAAAUUCUAAAUC